AUGACCGGCACCGAACACCGGGAUGACGAGGCGGCGGACGGAGACGGCACUCCCGGCGACGCACCACGCUGGGUGGUCGCCGGCGCGGCGGCGCUGCAGUUUGUGCUGGUCGGCGGCAUCCACAAGUCGUUCGGCCUGGUGCUGGCGGCGCUGGUGCAGCGCCACGGCUUCACCGCCGCGCAGGUGUCCAUCAUCCCGGCCACGUACAUGGCGGUCAGCUUUCUCGUGGCGCCGCUGUGCGGGGCUCUCUGCCGCCGGCUCUCCGAGCGGAGCGUGGCCAUGCUCGGCGGCCUGUGCUCCUCGCUGGGGCUCGCCCUCAGCGCGCUCACCAGCGACGUCUACCUCCUCUACCUUACCAACGGGCUCAUCUUCGGUCUAGGCCAGGGCUUCUCCAACGUGCCCGGCACCCUGCUUGUGACGCAGUACUUCGUGAAGCGACGUGGUCUGGCGAAUGCCAUCAUGGCGGCGGCGGCUGCCGUCCUGCUGCUGGAGGAGUACGGCAUCCCCGGCACGUACCUCAUGCUGGGGGGCUUGCACAUGCACACGCUCGUCUCGGCGGCGCUAUACCGGCCGCUGGAGAAGCAGCGGAUGAUCAUGCGGCUGGACAGGAGGCGGUGCUCGAGGAGACUGAAGACGGCCGACAGGGCCAGCGCACCGAUCCAGGACGAAUUCGUGCAGCUUGACCCGCAGGACGAGCCCACCGCCCGCCGCUGGUCGACAGCCGGCGGCGAACACACCAAGGCGGCCGAACAGGAAGCGCUGAUGGCGCCGGCGCCGCGCCGCCGCGCCAGCACUGCUCUCAGCGUCUCGUCUGCCUGGCUCAGUCAGCUCAGCCUGAUGGCCCAGCUGCCGCCAGCACCGGCAGCGCCAACCGGCUGCUGGGCCCAGCUGUCCCGCCUGCUCGACCUGCGCUUGCUGGCAGACCCGCUGUACCUGGCCUGCAUGUUGAGCGUGCUGCUCUUCUCCGCCGGCCUGCCGCACGUCUGCCUGCUGGUGCCUCGCUUCGGCCUCGAGAUCGGCAUCAGCCGAGGCCGCACUGCCAACAUGAUCGCCACUGUGGCGCCCAUCGACAUCCUCAGCCGGCUGUCCCUCGGCCUGCUGCUCGAUCGCAACCUCUUCCACAAGCGGUACGGCUUCUUCAUCACAUGCCUGGUGGGCGGAGCGGGCAUACUGGCGCUGGUGUUCGUCCGCACGUACGCCGGUCUGUACGUCGCCUGCACGUUCGUCUACGCCGGCAUCGGCUUCUUCUUCGUGGUGAUGCCGGUGAUGUACGCCGAAUACUACGGCGUGGAGCGCCUCUCGUCCACGCUCACCAUGUCCAACAUGUUCUCGGGCGUGGCUAACCUGGUGGCGCAGCCGCUGUGUGGUUUGCUGCGGGACUCGACCGGCUCGUUCCGACCCGUGUUCGGCGUGCUGGCGGCGUGCAUGCUGACGGGAUAA